CGUCGGACGGAGCGUCUCACCCGCAGCGCCUCCACCAGCGCCUCCAGGCGAAGAGCCUUGUCGCGGCAGCUCCUGCGGCUCUCCUGCAGCUCCUCCCUCAGGAAAUGAGAACAAAUGAGUUUGACUCUUCAUCUGAGGAUGAGGAUGUGGGAGAUGAAGAUCUGACUCCUCUGCACAUUUCUUGGUUACCUCUGUCUGCGGUCGAGUCUUCACAGUUCCUUGGAAUAUGUGGACUUCCAGGCUGCAAAUACAAAAACAUCCGCAGGGAUCUGCAGAGAGACGUUGAGGAGCUUCACAACCAGGGGGUGCAGGAUGUGCUUGUUUUCUGCACCAGAGGGGAGCUCAGCAGGUACCGAGUCCCCACCCUGCUGGAGGCGUACGAGCGGCGAGGCCUCACGGUGCAGCACUGGCCCAUCCCCGACGGAGAGGCGCCGGAGCUGGAGCAGUGCUGCCGGAUCCUGGACGAGCUGCAGCGCCACCUGGAGGGCGGCAGGAAGACGCUGAUCCACUGCUUUGGAGGUCUGGGACGAUCCGCUCUGAUCGCAGCUUGUUUGCUGCUUCAGCUCUCCGUUACCAUGACGGCGAGCGACGCCAUCAAGCUCCUCAGGGAGCUGCGAGGAAGAGGAGCCAUCCAGACCGUGAAGCAGUACAACUUUCUCCACGAGUUUCGAGAGAAGUUGGCGGCGCGCGGGGAGAGCGGAGACGCUUCCACGGAGCGCCCGGUGUCCCGCUGAUCCAGGACGUCUCCUGCCAUUCCUCACAAGUCCUUUCCUCUCUGAGUUGCACUUUAAAUCAAAUCCUUUAAUAUAUUUUCUCUUAAAAUCAAUGAUGGAAAAAAGUUUUUUUCCGGUUUCAUUUUUCUCGUUUUCUUCUUCUGCAGCUUUCAGCUUAACCGUCUGCUUUCGUCUUUUCUUUCUUCUGCAGGUCAAACACAAAACUCUUUUUUUACAUUUGUGUCAUUUAACCCUUGUCCUAUACUAUGACCCCCCCUUCCAUUGACGUGUUCUCCCUACCAUGACAAAGGUGGAUAAAGGUGGAAAGAUUUCAUGUAAUCCAUGGACACCAGUGAAGAUCACAAAUCAUUGAAGAAAAAAGGUUCAGAGCACUGUCUAGUGGGUCUAGAUGACCCAAUGUUAAAGUGCCUAGGAUAGCACAAGGGUUACGCCGGUUUUCUGUCUUCAUUUCGACUGAAAAUGUGAACUUUUUCUCUCAGACGUCGUGUGUUCAUGUGUGAAACCCAGACCUCAGAGUGAAAACAUGAUUAGAUUGAAAUAAAUGUUUUAAUGCGA